GAGCAGACGCAGAGAGAGGUGAGAGUGCAGCGGGAAAGCAAGACCUCGCGCUUGCAGGACGGUACUGGUGACAUUUGGAAAGUCGCUAAGGUUUGUCCAAAAAUUCGCUAGAUUUGUCACUAGGCGUCGUAAGUUGUUGGUAACACUGGUCUACACUGACAUCUAGAUAAAAGUCAGGCUAAGCUCCGCCUCUCCCCAGCAAAUAGAAAAUACAGAGGGAGAGGAAAUGCGGGGUUUUUCAUUUAUGCACAUUCUAUUUGAAAAGCAAUAAAAUACACCGAGUACCCAAAUGAUGCCCUGUCUGUUUUCUUUCUUGAAAACAAUUCGUGCCUACCUUCCGAUCUCUCCGCGCCCCCCUUUUGGGUUGAGAACCACUGACUUAGCCCAUAAGAAGAAAACAGUUUUAACAUUACUGGGCUAAUGUUUUCUGUUUGCUAACACAUUAAUAGUGCAGACAAUUAUGCUUAAUUAAUUAUGGAAGGCAGAAAUCGUGAUUGCAGUUAAAAUACGAUUAAUCGUGUAGCCCUAGGUAACAGCGUAACUUUUUCUAUCGGUUAAAUUUUUCUUCAUCCUUCAUGGCAUCUUUGUGCUUUUGGCUGAAACCAGAACAUUUUUGCUGGCUGAAUCGUUGGUGAACACCUUUUUAUGGAAUUCAGUUUGUCAGCUGGUCAACCUUAGUAUGGUGGUCAGAUGCCAGGGGGCCCGAUGGGUGGCCCUCCCCCAGGAUCUUACCAAACCCAAUAUGGCGCCUACCCUGGCACCUUCAGUGCACCCCCUGCCCAAGACCCCAUGUGGGGUUACUUCACCGCCAUAGCCGGCCAGGAUGGUGAGGUGGAUGCUGAGGAGCUCCAGAGGUGUUUAACACAGACUGGCAUCAGUGGCACUUAUGCUCCCUUCAGUUUGGAGACAUGCAGAAUUAUGAUUGCCAUGCUGGAUAGAGAUUAUUCAGGUAAGAUGGGCUUCACUGAGUUUAAGGAGCUGUUUGCUGUGCUGAAUGGCUGGAAGCAGAACUUCAUGAUGGUGGACCGAGAUAACAGCGGCAGCGUGGAGCCUCACGAGUUGUCUCAAAGCAUCACUAGUAUGGGGUACAGAGUGAGCCCUCAGGCUUUAGGGUGCAUCAUCAAGCGCUUUAGUCGGGGAGGCAGGGUCUAUUUCGAUGACUAUGUGGCCUGUUGUGUGAAACUCCGGGCUCUAACAGAGAAUUUCAGGAUGAGGGAUGUUAUGCAACAAGGAGCUGUGAACUUCCGUUAUGAUGAUUUCAUCUUGUGCACCAUGUCUAUCUGAGGACGAUUGGACAGACUUCCUGAUUUAUGGAGGAAUAGAAGUAUAAUAGUGUGUGUAUAUAUAUAUACCCUAUAAUAUACAAUAUGUAGCCUCUGGCUAGUAUAAUAUAUAUUCUAAAUGUGCCACAUUUUUUUAUGGAUUAGGAGAUUUGUUCAUUGGCCAAUGAGAAACAUUUUCUGAUGUAAAGCCAUUUGUUGGCAGCUUCUUUUUAAAGGGACAGACCACAUCAAUAAGCCUUUAUUUUGUGCCAACAUAAUGUUCUGUAAACUUGUUAUCCAGUUUUGACACCAACACUCACUACUUAUGCAGAUUUUGUUAAUAAAUUUACAUUUUAAACUGG